AUGGCAUCUGAAGACAGUGAUGCUGGAAGCGGGGGUCCGGUUGACAACGGCUUCAUGCGGCGAUUGUCAGACAGGCCGAGUGGAAGCAAAGAGCUGCGCUGUCAAGCAGGGGCUGAUGAUCACUCCAAGGUCCGCUGCUUCGCGUUCGCGCUGGCCCGGUCAGGGAGCUUGCGCUCGCUGCCCUCCAACACGAUGUCAGGUCGGGUCGACGAGGCCUUAGACUUCAUUCGGCGAGCAGAGGAAACAGGCGCCAAUCAGCAGCUCGCUCCGGAUUUCGUAGACAACAGCGAUCCAGAUCUUGGAGCAGAGGAUUUCGUGCACGGUCUUGGCCCAAGACAGGCAGAGGACUUCCGAUUGGGCCACCUCCGAGCAAGAGUACACAAGGCACUCCGGGCGACUCCUUCUGUCUUCUUGGAUGCUGUGGAAAUACAAAAUCGCAUCGUCAUGGGAACUGCAUGGUCAGAGGCAGAGGAAUGGGAGGAAGGGGCUGAAGAAUCUGAGGACAAAGGAAUCUUUCAAGGCUUCAGCGCCCUUUUCUCGUUACUUUCCGGGGAGGAUGUCUUCGAAGCCGGCUACGAAGCGGGCUACGAAGGCGUUUGGUGCGACAGGUGCGGAGACAACGCCGGCCUGGAGGCCGAUCUCUUUUGCGUGGACUGUGAGGCCGCCUUUUGCUGGGGAUGUUCUGGACGCUGGCACCAUCCAGGUGGCUGCAACGAGCUGCACUCUCUAGAAAUCAUAGUGAAAGGAGAGGGGAAGGGGCUUCGAAUAGUGACCCCUCUGCUAGAUGAGAUGCUUAUCUGCAUCGCUUCAUACCAGAUAGUCACGGGGCUGAAGGAUUAUGUUGACAGCCGGUAUUUGUUUAGAUCUGACAUUUGCCCAGUCGUCCGGAAACAGCAAGAGUGGCUUGCCUGGGCUGACACGCUCGUUUUCUAUCACUUCAAGGAUGCCCUCAUGGCGAGCUGCAGCAACGAAGAUAACUUUUGGAAGCUUUUGAUGGAUGCCUGGGUCCGCACCAUCGUGACAGAUUCCGACAGCCUGUUUCUUCUUCUGCGAACACUGCCCAAUGCUCUGCUGAUCCAUUACCUGGCAUCCACUCUCAUCGUCCCUCCAUUUGCCGUGGCGUAUGCUUCGCUCCUCGUUCUGGUAAGAGCCGUGGAAUCGCGACUGCCAAGAAGAAACAGAUUACUUUGCUGCAUGGCGGUUAUUUCUCAGCAGGUGAGUGCCGCAAGUGCCAGGCUCGUGUCAUACAAUAUGCAGGUGCUCAUGCAUACCAAACCGCGGCUGCGCCCUUCCCAGGACACGUUCGAAUUUUGGACCUACUGGACUGGCAGGCAAAUGCGAUGGUUUGAUUUCUAUUACCGCUCUACGAGAGAGUGUGCGACACAGCUGCUGGCAAAUACUUUGCGUUGCGUCGUGGUUUUUCGAUGCUUGGGGAUCUGUUUUGGCUUUGGAAAGUUUGUGCGAUGGUUCCUCGAAAGGAUUGGGAUGGAAGAAACGAUCUCUGUGCAGCAGGUCUGGUUUGCGAGGGUCUAUCAGAUGUUGGACACCGACGAACUCGUGUGGCGCGGUGUUGCGGGUACCCUUGCAGUGACGACGGAGCUUUUGGUGCGAGCGGAUGUCCGCGGCAUUGCGACCUGCCUGCUUGGCCUGGCUGGUUUCAUUGCGCUGGACGUGAUGCUGCGGAUAGGGGUUGUGCAACGGAGAUGGUUUCAACAGCGCAGGGUUCAGCGAACUGUUCUACUUCCUCUCUUGGUGGUCCUAGUGGCUGUCCCAACAGCGAGAUGGGCCUUUAUAGUGUUCUAUUUCGGAGCAGCAUUGCUGCUUUGGUCAGUGCAGCGCCUUGUGCAGUACAUAACCGAGCAGCAGCAGCAACGAUUUGAAGAGCAGUGGAACGAGACAUACAGAGGCCUGGUGCUCGGGAGGCUGGCAGCCGACGACAACAAUGACACAAACUCGACCGACACCGAGGAAGAAGAGGAGGAGCCUGCAGACCCUGUUGACACUACUGAAAGACUUCUUCUUCGCCUGUCUCUAAAUGGUGUCCGACCACUUUGCCGAGUUGGGGACGGCUGUGGCUUAAAUUUGACGGAUGAGUCUACGGCGGUGGUGACAUCUGUAACUCCUCGCAACGGCUCUUACGCGGAAGGUGUUGUUGUGACGAUUACGAUUGCCAGCCAGCAGAUGCCUGACAGUUUGCAGGUGUUCUUUGGUGUGCAUGAGUGCCCGAAUCCCAGCAUCAGUGCCGGACCACAAAGCAACACAUGGGUGGUGACCCUCCCUGUUUGCCCCUUCGAAGCUUCUGACGUCCCGGUGUAUGUCUUGACGAGUUCCGGGUAUGCUGCUCAGGCCUCGCCUCACACAGGUGCAGCUUUCAAGUUCCAGCAAUUCCUGCAACUCUUUUCCAUCAUGCCAGGCAGCGGAUCCUUCUUCGGUGGGACGGUUGCAAACAUCACUGGGGCUGGCUUUGGUCCGACCCCAUCGACAAAUCAAGCAACCAUCGGCAAAGUGCCGUGUGAGAUUUUCUCAGCCUCUCAUGAUCAGCUCCUCUGCUACGUGCCAGCUGCUCCGGCUGAACUUAUGGAUGCAGAUGACAGUGCGAGGACGCAAAAUGUCACCGUCCACGUGGUUACGCCGGCACAGCCUCGACAACCAGGCUUGUGGGGCGAAUACUUCUUCUUCGGUCAGGGCAGCACAUUCCCCAACUUGAACGACCGAAUUCCUGACGUCGAACGCGUGGAUCUGACGGUAAACUUCCCGGAUUCUGAUGACAAGUGGGAGGGUCUACCAUCUCGUUACCAAUACGCUGUCAGGUGGACCGGUUUUUUGAGUGUUCAGGCUACAGGCUUUUAUACGUUCUACCUCGGUUCGGAUGAUGGCAGCCUGCUGUACUUGAAUGGGGCACUCGUGAUUGACAAUGACGGGCUUCAUGGAUUCCGAGAGCGCAGCACUACAGAGACGCUAUUACAGGGUGGCAGCAUCCAUGCAGUGUCUGUGUUGUUCUUUCAAGCGAGUGGGAGCAGUGGCUGUGUGUUCAAGUACCAGGGACCAGACACAGGUGGUCAAAUAGUUGUCGUGCCACCGACCGUGCUAAGUCAUGCAAGGUACACAGAGGCACCGGUGUUGUCCUACAUGUACGAUCGCCCAAUCACAGCGCCCACCAUCGAAAACCUGACAGAGUCAUCUCCGACUGAACUGGUUUUGGAGGGUUACCGCUUCGGUUCAUCGCCGGGGAAAGUUGCUAUUGGGACAGCAAGCAAUCCAGACACUAACUUCCAGUGUGUGCCGACAAGCUGGACUGAAGGAAGGGUGGUUUGCGAUCGUCCAGAGCUCCCGUCCGGUUCAUGGCAGGUGCGAUUGUACUCUGAAGCGGAUGGCUGGUCGAAUCCGGCACCGUAUCUACUUUGGGUGCCCCUGACUGUUUCAUCGGUUGAGGCAAACGACAACUCUGUAGCCACGGAUUCUGCUGCCGAUCCAUGGGUGCUCAUCAUGAAGUUUGCUGACGGGGGCCUCCUAGGGUACGAUUCGGAGCUUUGGGAUAAUGUUGAGCUCCUCAACGAAGACUCGCCCGAAGGGGAGCCGGUGAAUGCCAAAUACCCGGCUUUCUUGAAUGUCCCGUUCACACGACUGCGUGCCUGUGUUGGCAGUGCGCACGGCCACUGUGUUCACCACAAGUUCGAUACACCUUGGUCCAGCGCCUUGGAGCUAUUUUCAGCCGGCUAUGUGCGUGACCACACAGUAGACCAAGCUGGACUGGUUCAGGCCCUCGGCGCAAAGCCUGGCACGUACAGGUCCUGCCCAAUGCUCAUGCCCGGUUUCAAUGUGAACUGUCCAGGCAACAACAGGGCACGCUGGGGUUACUGCGCCAACUGCCCAAGCAAGACAUGCCGCACUGAGUCUGAAGCCGAUGCUGCCAUUGGAAUUGGCCUGCGGGGUGAGGGCUCAGCCGCAGUUGGCGCAGGCUGGACGGAUGCCUUCGCCCCCGGAGCUGGCUCAUGCUCUUACACGAGUGAGACAUCUCGAAACGUGUGGCUUUGGGUUACGAACACAACAGCUACCCCGACAGGCGUGCUGCACAGCGGCUUCGGUGGCGGCGUGAACAUGACCGUCCGCGGGACUGGACUUGGCUUCGCCGCUGCUCAGACCAAGAUAUCGGUCUGUGGGGAGGAUUGCCCUGUGAGCACGAGUGAUGGGUCCUCUGCCACCUGCACUGUGCCUGCAAUGACCAAUCUUGACCUGGUGGACGCCCAGCCAGAUUCUUUUCCAACUGUUGACUUGGCACCUUACGCUGCGAAAUUUUACACGGAUCGUGGGGAAUCAGAAUCCACCUAUGCUCGUUUGGCCUUCACGUCGACCGUGGAUAGACAAGUAGAUCUGCCGAACACACGCAGCAGCUGUUGGUUUGGUUUCGAGUUGCCACCAAGUAAAGAAGCCAUCAUCACAGCAGUUGACUUUUUCCCUCCGACCGAUCCACACAGGAGGCAGAAGGUGGCAGAGUCAGUGUUUGAAAUGCGUAGUUUUUCUGGCAAUAUCUCUUGGGAGGAGAUUGGGAGCGUGAGAGACACGGUUCAGACAGGGUGGUCCAUCGCGCAGGGGUGGACUUCCUACCCCGUGAAUGGUUCUGGGCCAAAUGGUACCGCCAUAGGUCAAGCAUUCCGCGUGCGAAUCCUUCCGGAUGCCUGCAGUUCCCUCGGUGAGCUGAUGAGAGGUGUGCGCUUCCGGGGCAUCUUGCUGAACACCGGCGAUGCGAGUGCUUGUGCGGUCGAAGUAGAGCACAUCUCACAUCCGUUGGCUUCCUCCACAGGUGGAUCCGCAUGGCUUCCAGUGCAGCUCUCUUACAGCUUGGAGCGAACACCCAUCCUGUCAUCCAUGACUCCGCAGCGUGGCACCGCUCGCGGUGAUACACUCGUGACUCUUUUGGGUGAAGGGCUCGAGCCGUUGGACUCGUCGGGUUCGCCUGUGUCGGUGACAUCAGAGAAUGCCCAGAUAUUGCUGAAUACAUACCCUUGCAUCCCACAGGAGAGCAACAUGUCUGCACUCAGCUGCAUCACAAGCGAGCGAAACAACGGCAUCCAGCCUCCUUCGACAGUGCUGUGGCUAGCCGGAAGAGGAUAUGCCAUCAUCUCCGAAAGGGCAGAGGACACCGUGUUCAGGUAUGUUGAUAGGUGGAGCAACGUCUUCAGCUGGUUAGAAUCAGAACCACCCGUCGACGGUGACAGCGUUGUGGUGCCCGAAGGUCAGGCAAUAAUGUUGGAUCAGGACUCGCCGCAACUCUUUUUGUUGCUCAUCAGUGGUUACUUCGAGUUCGACAGAAAGGAUCUGAAAUUGGAUGCAACUUACAUCUGGAUUUCUGGAGGAACCUUCUGGGUAGGCAGUGAAGAAGCACCAUUCUUGAACCAGGCAACGAUCACACUGCACGGAGAUCGCUGGCACACCAUUGAGCUUCCUGUCAUCGGUUCCAAGAUGCUGGCCGUUACAGACCUUGGAGGAUUCGGAACCUGCGCUGCCAACCACCAGAUGACCGUUCGCCUCUCGGCACGCGGGAAGCACUACGUGGACCCAUGUCCGGUGAAACUGGUGGGAAGGAUGGAGCUACAUGGCCGCCCAAGUGUUUCCUGGACGCGACUGGUGGAGACAGCGAGUGCAGGGGCUACCCUCCUUAAGCUCGAGGAGCCCGUUGACUGGGAAGUUGGAACGGAGAUGAUCAUCACCCCAAGCAACAGGGGUCAGGACGAGGUUCGCCUGGUGAAGAGCGUUCAGGAUGAUGGCUACACUGUGGAGUUGGACAGCCCCUUACGAUUCGAGCACUUGGGAAUUUGGUACUUCAAUGAUGAAAUUCCCACCCCGACGGAUCUGCGUGCAGGAGUGGGACGCUUGAACCGGAAUGUUAAGGUACAAGGUGAUGAGAGGUCGCUAGGUUAUGGAAAUGCCUACAUGUUCGGGGUCCAUGUUGGCGCCUUCCAUGGUGGUGUUAUGCGAAUCGAGAAUACCGAAAUUACCCGGUCGGGACAGGCCGCCAACUUCGGACGCUACUCCUCCCACUGGCACGUGCUGUCCCCCCACAGAACCGUGGAUGUGGCCGACAUUGCUUACUUGCGCAACAACUCCUACCACCGGACCUUCCAGCGAGCAGUAGUAGUGCACUCUACCGAUUUCGCGAGAGUGGAGCACAACGUGGCCUGGAAGACCAAGGGACAUUCCUACUUUACUGAGGCCGGAGAUGAGGUCUUCACGUUGUACAACCACAACCUGGCUGUGCAUCCUCUGCAGUGCAAGCCCCAGAUGAAACGAUCUGAUGGAACUGAAGAUGUCGGGACUGUUGACCCCGGCUUCAUUCCCGCGCUGCCACUUCUUGGACAGGGUGGAAGGAUGCCUAUGUCUGGAGUUGGCAUGUGCUGUCGAUCGUCGGCGCGCGGUGACGCUGCGAGACAGGGUGUGCUCGACUUCCUUUUGCAAGGUGGACGACAUCUAGAUACUGCGCAGAUAUACGGCAAUCACAAGGAAGUCGGUGCGGGUGUUCGACAAGCCGUGGAACUUGGAGUUCCAAGAGAUCAGAUCUUCCUCACGACGAAAAUCUGGCCCGAUGAUUUCGGAUGGGAGAGGACCACGGCCUGGGUUCCACGAAUGCUGGACGAGCUUGGUCUUGAGUAUGUCGAUCUGGUCUUGCUGCAUAUGGCGCGUGCAGAUGGCAAGGACUGUGGUGCGCCGAAGCAGUGUCGGCAAGAGACCUGGCUGGCACUGCAGCGGUUUCAGAACAAGGGUCAGAUCCGCGCCCUCGGUGUCAGCAAUUUCGGGCUGCGACAGAUGCAGGAGCUGGCUGAUUUGGGAGGAUCCCCAGUGGCGGCCAAUCAGUUGGAAUAUCAUCCAUGGGUGCCAGAUGUCCAUCGAAAGACCGUUGACUGGUGCCACAGGAAUGGUGUAGCCGUCACAGCCUAUGGCUCCAUGGGCAGCAACUCCUAUGCUCCGCAGAUCAUCAGCCAGGGGGCGCUACAGCAAAUCGGAGAUUGGCAUGGCAAAACGGCCGGGCAGGUGUUGCUGCGAUGGGCAGUACAGCACAAUGUCAGCGUGAUUCCGGGCACUUCCAACCCGAAACAUCAAGCAGAGAAUUUGCAGAUCUUCGAUUUCGAGCUCGGCAGUCAAGAGAUGGCUCUGCUCGAUGGCAUUCCAGAAAGUGAGCGGCACCGAUCCAAUCUGGCUGCAGGCUGCCAUCGUGGCUGGCGUGUGCGGCUUAUCUCAGGCCCAGCAGGAUCACAGACGGACAUGACAUUCUUCAACAACUCGGCCCAUGCCAGUGGAUUCGGGUGGCACUUAAAGCCACCUCAUGCCCCCCCAACAUUGAAUGUGUUUCAGAAUUUCACGGCUGUCCGCUGCUCAACCGGCAUGUUCUACUAUGGCACCGGAAACAUAUUCCACGAUGAUCACAGGUUCAUUGAGUGUGGUACCGGCCACUUCAUGAACCAUCUCAGCAACGGACCGCACACGGCACCUUUUUAUCACAACCUGGUGUUGGUGGGCAACAUUGACCAAAAUCCAACCUUCUCACGCGGUGGAGUUGGUGUUAGAGGACCCAAAGACAACGAAUAUUUCUAUGUCUCCGGACUGACUGUCAUCAACUAUUUGCAGUCGGCUGUGCUCCACGGCUGCUUCGAGACAACCUGCACGAUGAGAUACGAACGGAUCCGGUGGUUCAACUCGACCCGGCGCACCUACAGCUAUCCCAGUCAAUCUGGCAUCUACUGGGACAUGGACGGAACUUUGACUGGCUACACCAAUGGGUUCGUAUCACUCAACUACGAGUACAUGCACUUCCCUGGAAUUUGCGCUGUUGUUGAUGAGCACGUCAAUGGCGUCAUGUGUGGUGCAUCGGACGGCUCAGUGCGAGUGAGACGCCUCCUGGUAAAUGAGCAGCAACCUUGGCAGCUCGACGGAAAGUUGAUGAAUGUUCGAACAUCGGCUGGGUUCGAUCAAGUGAAAUACGACACGAAGAAACUCAGUGGUUGGCCGGUGAUCGUGCUUGAGAACGAGACCUUCGACACGCGCGUCGAUGAUCCGAAUGAUUUCCAAGAGCUGGCCUUCCUGUAUUCCCAACGGCCUUAUGUCAUGGAAAGCCUGGGGUACAUAUACAACCAGACCACGCCCAUGGAUGAAGCGAUCAUUGUGCAUGUCAACUUCACAGACUGGCGUGAUCAUUAUGACGCUGAUGCAUCAACAGCGCUUCGGCUGGACCGCAUGCCCACGCGAGAUGACCCAUUCGGUUCGCACUCGAUGAUGCUAUGGCAAGACCAAUGUGAUGAGUUCAACCUGACAGACGAGGUGUCGGACAAGUGUGGUGUUUACGUGAAUGACACUGGCCUGGCAUUGAAGGCAGAGAUUGACAGCCAACCCACCGUGGACAUGGUGCACGGUCGCUUGACGACAGUCUUUACAAUGAAGGUCCAGGAGGGCACGCCCGGCGGCUCCUUCAGGAACAAGUUCUACCCUCGGGAGUGCCCGAAGAGCGGCUGCCCGCAACCGAACGUUGUGGGACCUGGAGGACUUCGGCCACUCAGGCGUUGGUCAGAUCCGGAAGGCUGGCCCGAUGGCAAGCUGCCUGCUGAAAUGGACAAUGUCGUUCUUCCACCCGACGACAAUGUGCUGCUGGACAUCGAGACGCCCAAGCUGCAUUGGCUUGAUGUUCAAGGGCGUCUCGAGUUCGACCGCACAGUGAACACAACCCUGCAUGCUCACUCGGUCAAGGUGUGGGGCAUCUUCGAAAUGGGCACAGCAGAAGAGCCCAUACCUCCUGGAGUGAAAGCGGAGGUAGUUCUGUGGGGUGAUGAGCAGUCGAUCACCGUCAUCAUGGUGGAGGGCCUUUUCUUGGUCAACAAGGUCAUCGCGGUGCUUGGUCAAUUCUCUGCCGUUGGAAGUCCGAGCACCCACAGCCAGGCGUGGACGCGACUUGCUACAAUUGCUUCGGAAGGCGCAACGGAACUCACGCUUCGCGGAAAUCAAAGUGACUGGCCGAUGGGAUCCCAGAUUGCCAUCUCGGCAACGGAGUUCCCUCAGCCUCCGGCGACGACGGAGACCGAGGUGCGCCAAAUCGCCAGCAAGCCAGUUUAUGAUGCUGUGGCAGAUACGACGACAUUCAGCCUGGACACGAACCUGACAUUCCGCCACUUCGCAGGUGUAGUGGACAGCAGCUCAGAAAACACCCAGUGGCCUCGACCAGUGCUCGCUGCCGCCGUUGCUCUCCUGGACGGUCGAUCCAACGUCGUCCUGCGUACUGGAGAGGCAGAUACCGACCAUGGAGGCGAACUUGUCAUCGCUGGAUCAUCAGACGGCAGAUGGGAAGGACUCGCCAACGUGAGCAACAUAGAUUUCGUGAGGAUGGGCAAGCAUCUCUACCAAGCGCCGGCAAUGAAGUUCAAUUUCUUAGGGGGGCAAAACAACAUGUCCUCUGUGGAAAAUUGCGUCUUCAGCCACUCGCAGUCUGGUGCCAUCGAGGCCAACCACGUGUCCCAUUUGCGUAUCGUGCAGAACGUGUUUCACAGGACAUUCCGGAGCGCCGUGUGGCUCCGUGACUCCUGCCGGCAUGACUCGAUCGUACUGCACAAGAACAUUGCAAUCGAGACUUUCCGGCAUCCGCGGGAGAGUCGAGACUGGAUCCGACAAUUUGGUUCCUUCUUCUUGGAGGUGCGUCCAGGAGAGUUGGUGGGAAACGUUGCCGCAGGUUCCACGGACACGGGCUUUAUCCUGCGGCCUCAGCUGCAGACCUGCCAGAAGGGCGAUGUCGGCACGCCCAAGUUGCAGCAGGACGAAAUGAACGAGGCAGUUGCCGCCAUGCGCGGUGCUCAGCACUCUGAGGCAGAGCCGAAGAUCUCCUCCACGGCUGCCAAGCUCGUGCCUCAGGUCACCGGUAGGAACAGGUAG